AUGCAUUGUCCAGUCGAUGUUGAUCAUCAGGAUAAUAUCCGAUUUGACACCUCAUUGAUGACAAGGAUCUUCUUGAAGUUGUAUUUGGAGGCUUCGGUAAGAGGUUCGAAGAUUUCGGACUGGGAUAUUGUUCAUAAUUUGGUGUAGGGCAAAAUUCAGGAAAAAUUUUUACGUUUUGGACUAAAAUUUAUAUUAAAAUUAGGGUCGUGAUUUAUUCCAGCUAGUAAAUAUUGUUAAAUCUGACUUUAUUGCCUGGGGGGGGGGGGUUAAAAAACUCAAGAAUUUUCUUUUUUUCCAAAAAACUUUCUAAAAAAAUCAAAACGUUUAAUAAAUUUGGUUUUUUAAAAUUUUCGAAAUGCCGAUUGUUUUUGUUCGAACUUUUCUGAAUUUUGUGUAAAAUACGACAAAAAUGGCUAAAAAAUGCCCAAAAUUUGUCCUUCUACCCUCAAUUUGUGUGGAUACGAUCUUCUUCAUACGACGUUGUAGGUUCUAAAAACUGUUAAACUCAAAAAAAUUAGACUUACUUCCAGGGUUCGAAUUGAGCGGAAAUCGAUCCCUCGCGUUGCAACAAAUGUUAUCAAGGCCAAUUUCGGCUGUAUUUCAGAAUAACAAAGUGAUUUCCGGCGGGCUUUACAGUAAUCACCACCAGCCAUGAAAUUACUUUCUUUAGAAAGCUUUUUAGUGUCAUAUUCGCCUGGAAUAUUACACUCCCAGGCUUUUUGGUGUAUUUUCAGGGCCAUUAGGCCUAGUUUUUUUUUUCAUUUCUGGCGGGAUUUACGGUAGAAACCCACCAGCCAAAAAUGGAUCGUCAAACUUCAUUAUUUUACUGGUGAAAUCCAAUAUAAAGAAGUUUUGAGUUUCAAAUCAAAUAAAUUGAGACAAACAGGGUUCAAAACCAACUAUUUUGAACUCUUUUUUUAAGUAUUUGUCUUCAAAGUUAUGUUGUGCUAGAUAUCAGGAAGACGAACGAAGGAAGUUUAAAUAUUUUUGCAUAUUAUUGGCCCUAAGCUCAAAGUAAAUCAUCUCAAAUCAACUUAAAACCACGUUGCGGGUCUCAAAGCAGGGAUUUCGUCAUCAAAAUACCCAUGAAAUACAUUGUCAUCAUCUACUACAAUAUCAUUAUUUUAGGAUUUUUGGACCAAAAAUGGUGUUAUUAAGAAGCAGAAAGAUGUCAAAAGGAAUUUUCAGAUGACUGGCAAUUUCAAUUGACCUAUGGUGACGGAUUUCCUGGUAUUUUGUUGAGAAGUUCCCAACUUGAGAUCUCCGCUUAUAGGAAUCUACAAAACCCAAAAAAAAUCCCCAAAAUCCCCUGGACUUACACGUCGACCGUUCCCCAACCCCAAACACCGGGACGGCAGCGGUGUUUGGAGUUGGGGCCAUCGCCGGAAUGGCGGACUGUUCGCCGGAGCGGGUGCUUUCGCUGGAGUUGGCCAUAGCGUGA